ACUAGGUACCUACAUACAUAACUAGGAAUGCAAUAUUGAAGUAUAGUGACAAUACAAUUUAUGAGUGAUAUUUUUGGCUUUAAAUCAAACACGUAUUUGUUGAUAUUUCUUAUUGACGUUUAAUGACACAAGUACUAGUGACCAAUUUUUGGAUUUGUACGAUAUUUUAGUAAUAUAUUUAUAUUGGUAUUAUUAUUAUACAUUGUUUACAAUUUGUUUCGUAUGUAUUCGCAAUUGGAUGUGUUGGCGGGAAAUAAGGAAGAUUUUAUCAAAAGUCAUUAACUUUUCAUUUUAAUACACAUUUAAUUUACUUUAUCAUAUUGACAAGUUUGUUUACACAACAGUUUUAUAACAAGAAAUUAUAUUAUCAAUGAUUUUACGUUUCUAUAGAAAAAAAUAGUUAAGAAAUCCAAUGGCAGAACGACUUGAAGAUCUCAAUUUACCAAAUGCUGUUGUAACAAGAAUUAUAAAGGAAGCUUUACCAGAAGGAGUUACAAUUGCUAAAGAUGCUAGAACAGCUGUAGCAAAAGCAUCUUCAAUUUUUAUAUUAUAUUUAACAUCCUCCGCAAAUAUAAUUGCGAAAAAAGGAAAUCGAAAAACAAUAAGUGGCCAAGAUGUAAUUCAGGCAAUGAACGAUAUUGAAUUUGAUCAGUUUAUUGAUCCAUUGCAAGAAUCGUUAGAAAAUUUCCGUAAAGCUCAAAAGGAAAAGAAAGAUGCAACAUCAAAGAAAAAGCAACAGAAAAAAGAUGAAGAUGAUGUGAUAGAAGAAGAAGACGGAGGCAGGGAAGUUAUGGUUUUUUGAUAUGUAUUAAAUAUUAUUAUGUAUAAAAGUGAAAACAAAAAUUCUACACUAAUUCACCUAUUUUACAUAAAUAAUACAUAAGUCUAAAAUGUUUGUCAUAUCUUAUUUAUUACUACUAAAUAAAAGAUAAAA